AUGGCCGCCGACUCAGCCUACGUUAGAGUCGUUUUCCGAGACCCCUCCCCAGGCCUCAGUACGAGUCGGCAGUACUAUGCACCGAGGAGAAGUCCAGACGUCCGCUGUUUGCCAAAACCGCGCACAGAGGAGAUUGUCUUUCUGCUGGAGAGGAACGAGGCCUGCGGCCUGGAGCCGGGUAUCUACUGUACCAGUGGAUUGCCCUGUCAGCUGAAGGGAACCUUUUUGGAGGAGAAUUUCGCCAAAACAAGGGGCCCUCUUGCACCAUGGCGCACGGUGCGAGGUGUCUUCUCCAAUGUGUUUGAGGUUGCAGAUACCACAACUACAACCACGGAACGUCUGCUUAUGUACCUUAUCGAUGACUACCUGAGUCCAAUCCCCGAUGAAGCAUACCCACUGCUGAAUCCUACUUCGAGGUACGUCGCUUUAGAUGAGGAUUGA